UAUGGUUGGCCAAUUAACCAAAGGCAAGAGGGGUUAAUCUGUCUACAUUCUGAGUACUGCCUUGGUAAGAACUCCAUAUCAGACCCAAGGCCCAAGUCCACCGUGUGCCCUACACCAUUCCACCCCAGGCAUUAUUCUGGGGUCCACCUGAGGUCAGCAGUGUGAAGAUGACCAGUGCCUUCCUAGCAUGACGACUGUGGACCAUGUGAUUGCUACCCACCAGUCAGAGUGGGUCUCCUUCAACGAAGAGCCACUCUUUCAGGUCCCUCCAGAGGGUGGCACUGAAGAGCACCUCCCAGGACUCUCCUCUUCUCCGGAACAAUCUGAGAGCUCCUCCGGGGAGAACCAUGUGGUGGAUGGAGGUUCCCAGGACCUGUCCCACUCGGAGCAGGAUGACUCCUCUGAGAAGAUGGGCCUCAUCUCUGAAGCACCCUCCCCUGUGCAGCCUCCCCCCGACCUAGCCUCGGCCAUCAGCAACUGGGUUCAGUUUGAAGAUGAUAACCCCUGGACCAGCACAUCACCACCUCCUAAAGAGACAGCUCUACCAUUGACCAUGCCCUGCUGGACAUGCCCUUCCUUUGACUCCCUGGGGAGAUGCCCUCUGACCUCUGAGAGCAGCUGGACCACCCAUUCUGAAGAUACCAGCAGCCCUAGUAUGGGCCCUUCAUACACAGAUCUGCAGCUCAUCAAUGCUGAGGAGCAGACGAGUGGCAGAGCUUCUGGGGCUGACUCAACUGACGAGAGGACUGAGUGGCAGACAGGCAGGCAGACGGUGGUGAGUCCUGUUCAAGCAUGCAAGGAGCACACCUGCACCCACACCCACCGCCUGGACCCCUCGCCUCCCGCACCCCACCCCUGGAGGAGCCAGGGCACCGGCCAAAGUCUGGAGGGCGCCUCGGCUCCCGCUCCCGAUGACAAUUCUUCCUCACUCCAGGAAGAUGAAGAAGUAGAAAUGGAGGCCAUCAGUUGGCAGGCAAGCAGUCCAACCAUGAAUGGGCACCCUGCCCCCACAGUGACCUCUGUUCGUUUCCCCAGCUGGGUCACUUUUGAUGACAAUGAAGUCAGCUGCCCUCUACCACCCAUCACCUCUCCUCUGAAACCAAAUACAGCACCAAUUACACCUGUGGCCCCAGAUGUAUCUUAUAACUCAACUGGUUCAUUCAAGAAGAGGGACCGUCCCAAGAGCACUUUGAUGAACUUCUCCAAAGUUCAGAAGCUGGACAUUUCCUCUCUAAAUCGUCCACCUUCCGUAACUGAGACUCCACCUUGGAGAGCGACCAAUCCUUUCCUGAAUGAGACUCUGCAGGAUGUACAGCCCUCUCCUAUCAAUCCUUUCAGUGCUUUCUUUGAGGAACAGGAGAGGCGUUCCCAAAACAGUUCCAGUGCUACGGGCAAGAGCCAAAGAGAUUCCCUCAUUGUCAUCUACCAGGAUGCCAUCAGUUUUGAUGAUUCAAGCAAAAGCCAGUCACACUCUGAUGCUGUUGAAAAACUCAAACAGCUCCACAUUGAUGAUCCUGAUCACUUCGGCAGUGUGACAUUGCCUGACGAUGACCCAAUAGCCUGGAUUGAACUAGAUGCUCACCCAGCUGGGUCAGCACGAGCCCAGACUAGGGAAGGGUGGCCAAUGAUGCUGAGGAUCCCUGAGAAGAAAAAUAUAAUGUCUUCCAGGCACUGGGGACCAAUUUACAUCAAACUGACAGACAGUGGUUUCUUGCAACUGUAUUAUGAGCAGGGCCUAGAGAAACCAUUCCGUGAGUUUAAGCUGGAGACCUGCCAUGAGAUUUCAGAACCCCGGCUUCAAAACUAUGAUGAGAAUGGCAGAAUCCACAGCUUACGGAUAGACCGUGUUACCUACAAGGAGAAGAAGAAAUACCAGCCAAAACCUGCUGUGGCCCACACAGCAGAGAGAGAACAAGUGAUUAAGCUGGGCACCACCAACUAUGAUGACUUCUUGAGCUUCAUCCGUGCAGUUCAGGACCAGCUCAUGGAUCUGCCAGUGUUGUCAAUGGACUUGAGCACAGUUGGCUUGAACUACAUUGAAGAGGAGAUCACAGUGGAUGUCAGAGAUGAAUUCUCUGGUAUUGUGAGCAAAGGAGACAACCAUGUUCUCCAACACCAUAUCUUAACACGAAUCCACGUGCUGACUUUCCUCUCUGGGCUUGCAGAGUGCCGUUUGGGUCUCAAUGAUGUCCUCGUCAAAGGGAAUGAAAUUGUUUCACGGCAGGACAUCAUGCCCACCACCACCACCAAGUGGAUCAAGCUCCAUGAGUGCCAUUUUCAUGGUUGUGUGGAUGAGGAUGUAUUCAACAGCUCCCGGGUUAUUCUCUUCAACCCUUUGGAUGCAUGCCGAUUUGAGCUGAUGCGAUUCAGGACAGUGUUUGCUGAGAAGACCUUGCCUUUCACACUCAGGACGGCAGCAAGCAUCAAUGGGGCAGAGGUGGAGGUGCAGAGCUGGCUGAGAAUGUCACCCGGCUUCUCCUCCAAUCGUGACCCCCUCACUCAGGUUCCCUGUGAGAAUGUGAUGGUCCGUUACCCUGUGCCCAGUGAAUGGGUGAAAAACUUCCGCAGGGAAAGUGUCCUAGGGGAAAAGUCUUUGAAAGCCAAAGUGAACCGCGGGGCAAGUUUUGGCUCGACUAGUGUCUCUGGCUCUGAGCCUGUCAUGAGAGUAACUCUGGGAACUGCCAAGUACGAGCAUGCCUUCAAUUCCAUUGUAUGGAGGAUAAACCGGCUGCCUGACAAAAACUCAGCUUCUGGUCACCCACACUGUUUCUUCUGCCACCUUGAACUUGGCUCUGACCGGGAAGUGCCUUCCAGAUUUGCCAGUCACGUGGAUGUUGAGUUCAGCAUGCCUACAACUUCUGCCUCUAAAGCUGCUGUGAGAUCCAUCUCUGUGGAAGACAAGACUGACGUCAGGAAGUGGGUCAAUUAUUCCGCGCACUACAGCUACAAGGUGGAAAUUGAGCAGAAAAAGAGUUUGAAACCAGACUUGGAAGGAGAUGAAAUGGAGAAUCCCAAGGAGUGUGGGAUACAGUGACAAAGCCCUGCAGCAAGGGGAUUCCUAACCUGAGAGACAUGAGAGAGUCUUCCUGAAUAGCUGAAGUUCCAGUCAACCCCUGCUGUGACCACUCCAUGUUAGGAGCAGCGUAUCGACCUUCUGUUCUUGGUUACCUGCAUUUUAACAGGUCACCCCGGUUUGGUUGCUUUGGAGAGACUUGUUGAUUCUGAUCACAUCUGAAGCACGCGGUUCACCUGACUUUUGGAGUUUACUGUA